AUGGCAGAAAACAUCAAUUUGGAAUUGAGUUCACAAACAACUUCCUCAUGGCUUAUGAAGAAGAUAUUGGUAGGUAGUGACGUUGAUCAGAAGAAUAAUAGACUUCGUCUACCUAAAAGAGAGUUUGAAGAAUUUGUAAUUCCAGAAAUGGAAUGGGGUUUAGUCGAAAAUUUGGAGAAAAGUGUUGAAGUGAUAGUGAAAGAUGUGAAAGGUACUGAUUACCAUGUAACACUAGUGAAAUACCAGAAUGGUUCUUAUAAUUUUGUGGACAAAUGGAAUGAUAUUGUGAAAGCAAAAGGUUUAAAAGAAGGUGACCAAAUUACACUCAUGUGGGAUAAGGACGCCGAAAUUUUCUAUAUUAUGUAA